CAGUCGCCUCCUCAUCGGGAUUGCGGAUCACACGGGGCGACCACAGGUUCUCACUAGGGGGUCAAAAUGGUGAAAGUAACAAUAGUGAAGACCAAGCCGUACACGGACCAGAAACCCGGGACGAGCGGACUGAGGAAGCGGGUGACGGUGUUUCAACAGAACCAGCACUAUGCGGAAAACUUCAUCCAGAGCAUUAUCUCUGUCAUUGAGCCUGCCGAGCGCCAGGCUGCCACUGUGGUGGUGGGAGGAGACGGGAGGUUUUUCAUGAAAGACGCGAUUCAGUUGAUCGUUCAGAUCGCUGCUGCCAACGGGAUUGGCAAUCUGGUGAUUGGUCAGAAUGGCAUCAUGUCCACCCCAGCAGUCUCCUGUGUGAUCCGCAAGACAAAGGCAGUGGGUGGCAUUAUCCUCACAGCCAGCCACAACCCCGGAGGCCCCAAUGGGGACUUUGGCAUUAAGUACAACAUCUCCAGUGGAGGACCUGCUCCAGAGGGCAUCACAAACAAAAUAUUUGAGAUCAGCAAAACCCUGCAGGAGUAUCACAUCUGCCCAGAGCUGAAAGUUGAUCUGUCCAAGAUCGGCAAACAGACCUUUGAAGUGGAAACUUUUAAGCCCUUUACAGUGGAGAUUGUGGACUCUGUGGAGGCCUACGCUGAGAUGCUAAGGGGCAUCUUUGACUUUGCUGCACUGAAGGAGCUUCUCUCUGGAGCCAAUCACAUUAAUGUCCGUCUGGAUGCUAUGCACGGAGUGGUUGGUCCUUAUGUGAAAAAGAUCGUCUGUGAAGAGCUGGGUUCUCCUGCCAACUCAGCAGUCAACUGUGUCCCCCAGGAGGACUUUGGUGGCCACCACCCUGACCCCAACUUGACCUACGCUGCUGACCUGGUCAACACCAUGAAAGGAGGAGAAUAUGAUUUUGGUGCAGCCUUUGAUGGUGAUGGUGACCGUAACAUGGUGUUGGGUAAACACGGCUUUUUCGUGAACCCCUCAGACUCGGUGGCUGUCAUCGCUGCCAACAUUACCAGCAUCCCUUACUUCCAGAAGACUGGUGUCAAAGGACUGGCCCGCAGUAUGCCCACCAGUGGAGCCCUUGACAAUGUGGCUAAAGCUCUGCAGAUGCAGCUGUACGAGACUCCAACAGGCUGGAAGUUCUUUGGUAAUCUGAUGGAUGCUGGAAAACUUUCACUGUGUGGAGAGGAGAGCUUCGGCACAGGCUCAGACCAUAUCCGUGAGAAGGACGGCUUGUGGGCGGUGCUUGCAUGGUUGUCAAUCUUAGCCACCAGGAAACAGAGCGUGGAAGACAUCAUGAAGGAUCACUGGCAGAAGUUUGGCAGGAACUUCUUCACCAGGUACGACUAUGAGGAGGUUGACUCAGACGCUGCCAACAAGAUGAUCAAGGGUCUAGAGACGGCGAUGUUCGACCCAUCUUUCGUAGGAAAGAAGUUCUCAUCGGGAGAUAAGACUUAUGAGGUGGCUAUCUCUGACAACUUUGCUUACACAGACCCUGUGGACGGAAGCGUGUCCAAAAACCAGGGCCUCAGGAUCAUCUUCUCUGACGGUUCUAGGAUCAUUUUCCGUCUCAGCGGUACAGGUAGCGCCGGAGCAACCAUCAGGCUCUACAUAGACAGCUAUGAAAAGGACCCCCAGAAGAUUUACCAGGACCCACAGGUGAUGCUGGCUCCCCUGGUAGACAUCGCCUUGAAGGUCUCUCAGCUCAAAGAGAAGACCGGACGCACCGCCCCCACUGUGAUCACAUGAUUCCUCUGCCACACUGCCUCCACUCACUCUCAGCAACAGGAUACCUCUGCUCCCUCGGGGGUGAAGCUGCCCUUCAGUGCUGUCUUGGCUUCAGUUCCUGGGCCUCUUAGAAAUAGAGCUGGACAAAAAAAAAGUGAAAUGCAGGCAGAAUACGAAAAAAUACAUGAGGAGCUCUUGAUUUCAUCUUAAACUUAAAGUUAUCUACUGCCAUCGUCUAGUGUUUGAGCAGAGUGUUAAUAUGCUGUGUAAUUAAAAUACGGGAGAAAAUCGGCCAGAGAUGGUCAUAUAAUUUAUAUACAACACCUGCUAGACACACAGACAUUAAUAUUUAAAUAAUAUAUGACAUAAAGAUUGAAAAGUGGACUGAAAAACUUGAAUAGAAAGUGCCUCGUGCACGCUUUGGAGCUGUUUUUAAUCAUGUUAUUGGCCAUAUCUGUUCCUGAACCAUAUCAUUAGAUGGAGAAACUGCCAAACUGACCAUGAAUCAGCAAUUUGGGGCAACCUCACCUUACGUUUCCCUUACUGACCUGGUGCCUUCCCCUUCCUCUGCUCUCCAAAUCCACCAAAACAGCCUCUCUCUCUCUCAACCUGAACCAUAUCACACAGCUAAAGCCUUGAGAACUCACACAUCCAUCAUUAAUAAAAUAACUCACAUAAUAGAAGCCCUGUGUUCAUGUCUUUAAUUAGAUUUCUUUGUCCUUUUUAAUUAUUGCUUGCGACAGUGUGCAUUUAAAUCAUACGUGAAUGUUUAUCACAGGCUUACUAAAGUACCUUUCCCUUCAACAAACAUAGUGUUUGACUAAGUUUUCAGGCCAGCUGUAAUUGCCUUAGCAGACUCGUCUCUCAGACGAGAGAGAAUGAAACAAGAGUGUUUUGGGUCAGGUGGUAUUAAUGAUACGUCUUUUCAGCCGGGAAAUUAUUCUUUAUAAACAUAAAGAUCAUGUCCUGCAACCAGUGAGCCAAGUCGCAGGACAAGCCUUACAGGAGAAUAAGUGCUUCUAAAAAGUCAAUGCCUCUCCAAAGACAUUCCUGAGGCAAGCAGAAAAGCUUUAACUGAUGAAUUCUCUCCCUCCCCCAAGUCUUCUUGUGUAAUGAGAUAGUCACUGUAAUCCUGAUUAACGAUUAGUUAUCAAGUGUCAGGGGGUUGGGGUGAUCCCACAGGCUACAUCUAAAGACAAACAGUCAAGAGCUUAAACAGAUUUAAAUGGUUUUUAAUGCUUUAAAAUGUAUUUUUUUUCGCAAGGGAAAUGAUUAAUGUUUGAGACUAAAUGUACUGGAUUGGUGUCAACUUUUCUCUCACACGACUCCCAUAUCUGGACGUAAAUUGGCUACAAUUUAGUUAAUAAUAGUGAGGGUGGAAAAUCAGGUGCACCCACACACAACACAGAGGGCGCUCGGUGUUCCUUCUCGCCACGAAAGAGAAAAUUGGCCUCAAUCACAGAUGGCACAUUUUCCACCAAUUUCCGUCAAGCAUGUCAGUGUCAUUCACACACAAUCAGCUCCACCUGUUUGCACUAAUUUUCCCCAAAAUACAUGGUUGAAUAGUAAAGGUUCCUGAGCUGGAACUAAUUGACCAUUCAUUUUGCAUUCUCUUGCAGAAAUUUGAAAGGUUUGAUGUAUGACAAAGUUACUUUGGUGCUUUCUACUUUUCCUGUAAUUGUCCUGACACAAGCUUCGAGACACAUAUUUCAAAUAGCAUUGUUGGCAAUUAGGAGCUAAAUCUGAAUAAAUGUUUCCAAUCUUU